CAGCAGUAUAUAAAAAAACGGACUCUCAUCAUCAUCAACUCACACAGAGAGAAGCGUCGGACGCAGCAGUACCGAGGGAGGCUGCGUACUCUCAAGAGCCGAGCAGAGCAGAGGUGAGAGUGACUCCACGGACGGUCAGCUCCACCCUCCUGCACUGCAGCAGUAUCAUGCCCAGUCCAGUCCUGCCCCAAACUCUGCUGUAGCCUCUGUUCACCUCACACCAUGGUGGGAGACCGCUCCUGGACCUUGACUCUGUUGCCAUGGUGACCCUGCAGCAGGAAGCCCGGCAGUUACUGCAAACAUCCAGGUAACAAUCUCAAUCUGCUGCCAUGGUUACACAGUAGAGCCGCCCGCAUGGUCGUCAGCCUGUUGCUAUGGUGAAAGUCUAACAAGCACCCGUCACCAUGGGAACGUCCAGGAAGUUCCACGCUUUUGUCGUCGUGGGCUCGGUCUUCAUGAUCCUCCUCAUCGUCUUCUACUGGGACGAAGUCCGAGCCUCUCAUCUGUAUCUGCACACCCCGGUGUCGCCGGGGCCCAAAAUCCCUCACCCUCCUCCAGAACAGCGGCCCCACACCUCUCGCCCCUUGUCCUUCCUGUCUGACAUCGAUGCCUUUGUAAAUCAGUUCUUAGAGCCAGGAACGGGUGAACCUACAGACCCCGCCCCCGCGGACACAGGCAACCAAUCAGAAAAAGCAGACGAGCCAUAUGUUCCAAGACGGGAGUGGAAAAUUCACCUGACUCCUUUGGCACCAGAGCUACGUGAGAGACAGGAGCAGAGGAGGCGAUUAAUACAGGACACGUGCACCAACGACAGCUUUUCGUUUCCUGGCAAAAACCGUUCGUUUGACGACAUUCCCAACCAGGACCUGAAACACCUCAUAGUGGACGACAGGCAUGGAAUCAUCUACUGCUACGUCCCAAAGGUGGCGUGCACCAACUGGAAGCGGAUCAUGAUAGUCCUGAGCGAGAGUCUGCUGCAGGACGGUGUCCCCCAGCGGGACCCUCAGGCCAUCCCUUCAGUCCAGGUCCACAACGGCAGCAUGCACUUCACCUUCAACGAGUUCUGGCAACGCUACGGAAAAUUCGCAAAUCACCUCAUGAAGGUGAAGCUGAAGAAGUACACCAAGUUCCUGUUUGUGCGAGACCCCUUGGUGCGCCUCAUUUCUGCCUACCGCAAUAAAUUAGAACAACCCAACAGCGAGUUCUACCAUGACUACGGCCAAGUCAUGCUGCGCCUCUACGCCAACCUGUCUGAACCUCCUGCCUCUGUACGUGAGGCGUUUGUUCAGGGCAUCCACCCGUCCUUCUCCCACUUCAUCCAGUACCUGCUGGACCCUCAGACUGAGAAGAAGAGGCCCUUCAAUGAGCACUGGCGACAGGUGUACAGACUCUGCCACCCCUGCCAGAUUGAGUAUGACUUUAUUGGCCACUUGGAGACACUGGAGGAGGACGCUGAGCAUCUUCUGCGUCUGCUGCGGGUGGACAAUGUGGUCGAGUUCCCCAGCUCCAGCAAGAACGUCACCGCCCUCAGCUGGGUGUUCGACUGGUUCAGCAAAAUCCCUGUGGAGGCGCGGAGGGAACUCUUCAAACUUUACGAACCCGACUUCAGGCUUUUUGGUUACGACCGACCGGACUUCAUCCUCGACGAGUGACGAGUGACUCCAUGACCCACCACUGAGUUUCUAUUUUUUUUUUUUCAGAUUUAAAAAUGUAAUCAGAAGCACAGGGCAGGAUCUGGGGUUGUGCAGAGCGUGGGUGUCUCUGACGAGAUGCACAUUUAAAGAGGAGAAGGAGGUCAGUUCUUCUGUGUGGAUGUAUGAGCUGGCCUGAGUCACCCACACCAGAAGGAAUCACAUUUGAGCCACUUAAAGGAGGAGUAUGCCACAGUAGGCUUGUCCACAAACUAAGGCCCGGGGGCCGUUGACCUUUUUAAUCCGGCCUGCCAAACUUUUCCAAAUUUAUUUAUAUGAUCAUUAUACUUCUGCCUUUUCCCUGCAAUCACCACGUUUUCCCAACAGAUGGCGUAGACUUCACAUGAGGGCUCCCUCUAUCUCCUCACCCAGGCCCCAAUGAAUGAUCUCAUUUUAGCUAUUUUUGCCUAGGCUAUGCUAGGCUAAGCUAAUACCUCUAACCUAAUCUGAAUCCGGUUUCCAUUGCUAAACAUUUCCAGUUACAUUGCAGAAUAAUUUAAAAAGUAAAAUGUAUUUUUUGCUUACAAAAACAGACUCAAUCAAUUAUAUUUAAACUGUUCUUUUUUUUGUUUUUUUGUUUUGUUUUAUUUGUGCGUACUUUACCUUUAACUGGCUGAAUUCUAUUUGUCCUUGAGUCUUUGUUGAGGCCCUGGUUUUUCCAAACUGUGUGAGUCAGAAUCUCUGUGACGUUCAGGCUGAGAGGCAGCAGUGUGCUCAUACAACCACACAAAAAAACACACAACUUGACACUUUAAGCCGCACUUUUUAACCCUUUCUUGAAUUACUGCGUCUUUAGCAAACACAACACACGAGCAGAUGGCCGGCGACUUCAGUUCAGGCUCUGACUAUUUUUCUACUCCCUCAUCAUACCUGCAUUAUUACGUCAAAGUCUGGAUCAAAUCAAUCCCACUUUUACAACAUAAUGGACCAUUUAAAUCAGCCUGAAGUUGUUCCUUGAGUGUGAAAAACUUUUAAAAAAGUUUAUUUAUUUUACGCCGAUAAAGUGCAAUGAUUAUGCUGGAGCGACGGGAUGAUGUGAACCAGAAAACAAAUUGUUUCGUGUGUCUGACACUAAGACGCUGCUGCUGUUAUGGAAUUAAUAUCUCAGCUUGCUUCACAGCACCAAUAUGAAUGCCACACCUGGUCGUGCUCCUCAGGCAGAGGCAGAGCAGCUGCGGUGGAAAAAAAAAAAAAACAGCCGGAUUUGUCUCAGCUCGUCUUUGAGGCACAAAACUGGAGUUUUGACAUUCUUUUGAUUUAAUCCCAGCUGCACAUCCGCAGGUGAGCCGCCGCGGACAGGAACACAGGAAGUGUUGGAGGUGAAGGUUCCCGUGUCAGCCGGUGCUUCAUCGUCCUGGCGUUUAGCUGCACAAACUGAACAACGUCAGGCUGAACCUGAUGACUGCCGCAGGGCUGUGGACACUAAAAAUAGUGAAACAUUUAUAAAGGAAGCAUUUGAAUGGGAUGCAGCGUCUGAGAGGGUGCAGUACCACAGCACCGCCACUGGAGCUCACGUGAAGAGACAGAUGCAGCUGCAGAACUUUUUGUCUUUUCAGUUUGAUCAGUUUAGAAAAGAAUAGAUAAAGAAAGAUAUGGACCCUGCCUCAGACGACAUUGAUCGUCUGGUACCGAUAUCAUACUGAUACCUCCAACAUGCCGCAGGCUAUUGUUGCAUAACGUUAAGUUGAUCAUUCGGACUAUGGUAUCGGAUCAGUACCAGUAUGAGAUCAAGCUGUCUCUAAUAAGAAUCUUGUCGCAGCUACAGUCUGAAAUGUAGUAUUUAUUGCCUCUCGUGGUGCCUUUUUUUUUUUUUUGGUCAAUUUUCCUCUAAAUGGGAUCAUAUUGAAAAAGAAGCGUCAUGUUCCCAAAAACGAAUUCGUAGCAUCCUUUUUUUUUCUCUCCAUUGACCUCCUUUUCGACAAGUUCCACUUCUGCAGCUUCACUUUUGUAAAGAAGUGACUACAUUUAUUUCAACUGUGAGGCUGUAGCCAAGCAGCGCUGCAACAGUAAAAGGGUUGACCAGUGUCUGCCGGCGGCCUGUCAUUCAUUACUGUCAUUUGUUGAUCCAUGGGGAAAAAGGUUUUUUUUUCUUUUUUCGUUUUUCUUAAGUGAAUUUUCUUUGUCUUUCUGGAAAAUAAACCAAAUAUGAUGAGCUUAUGGACGAACAAUACAUUGAAAAUAAUUCUUUAUUAAGUUUAAUUUUCAAAAUCUUAUUGGUUCAUUUUGAAUGUUAUUAUUGUAUACAAUGGGGCAGCCCUACGGUUAGCAGGGGCAGGUUAAAAGGCAACACGACGCACACGCCUAGAGUGGAAGGAGUGGAGCGAGAAGACAGUGCCUUUGGUUGCGUGUGUUUACACAACUAGUUAAAAAAAAAAAAAACAACAACAUAUUUUUGUAGGAAGACGUCAUUUUUACCCGGCUCACUGAGAGCUGACACUGGGCCAAAUGACGUUGACUGAAUGGACGGGGCCUUUUUAUUUGAUCUUUGUUUUUUAAUGGCAGCCUCCUCUUCUGUUGUGCUGUUUGUGUGCAGUCGGUCGCUUCGUGUCGCCGUAGCACAUUAGAUUUCUACGUGUGGUUCUUCUUUGAGUGUGUGUUUUCUAACGGUGUUGUCUUACUGAUGUUUGCACGGCAUGUUUCAAUUCUAAAAUCCCUGUAAAGCUUUUUGAGUUUUUGAUGGCUUCAUGUUUACGAUGAUUUUUUAAAAAGUAUUUUGUUGAAAUUCCAGAUUCAAAGGAGGGAAAAAUAAAGGGGUCAUCCGUGGUUUUAUUUUAAAGUCUUUCUUGUAUGUGGGCCAAUCAAUACACAUGUAUCGCCUCAUGUUUUACUGCCUGGGCUGCUUGUUCUAUUUGGUCGAUUCUAAGGAAAAAAAACACUUUCCAUUGUCUGUAAUUUGCCAAAUCAACACUGUUUUUGUAUCUCCUUUGUACUUGUGUUGCUGGUUUGUUAUAUCAUUUUGUGACGGUGCAAAAACCUUUAUCUGUUCUCAAGAGAAAAGAAUUAUAAGUUAUAAUUUCUAAGGAAGAAAAAAAGAGAGCGAGAGAGACGAGAAGCAGCACAGACGCCACAUCUCUGCUUUGAACAGAUGACGUGACGGUUGGCGCUGCAGUUAUCAAACAUCGUCCUACUUUCUGACCUCAUUCUGCAUCCUAACAUCAAACAGCGGCGACGCGGCACAUUCUGUUUUUAUGAAACGCCCGAUUUCACGCAGUGUUUCCCACAUUUCGGGAAAAGAAAUGGAAACCUUCCCUUGUGUUUUUUCUUCUGUGUUGUGAUGUCAUUGGUCAUCUGGUACUUGCACUAAAGAAAUAAAGAUGGUGUGGCAUGAUGGGAAAAAAAA